CAAGCUAAAAAAUGGAUUGAUCAAGGUUAUCAAACAUUGGAUGAUUUACGAGCAAAAGCUCAUUUGACACAUAAUCAACAAGUAGGACUUAAAUAUUAUGAUGAAUUUUUACAACGGAUACCACGAGCAGAAAUACAAGAAAUUGAACAUGUUGUUAGAGAAACAGCUGAAUUAUUACGACCCGGUAUUAUUUUGACAACUGGUGGUUCAUAUCGACGUGGUCAACAAACAUGCGGUGAUUGUGAUAUGAUUAUUACGCAUCCUGAUGGAAAAUCUCAUGAAAAUUUAUUGAUACCAUUAGUCGAAAGUUUAAAAAAGAAAGCUCAACAACAAAGUUAUAUAACGGAUGAUUUAGUUUAUACAGAUCGAACAGAUGCUGAAGGUACCCAUAUCAAAUAUUAUGGUGUCUUUAUUUUGCCCGGUGAAGGUCGAGUGCAUCGUCGUCUUGAUAUAAUUAUUGUUCCUUAUUCCGAACAUGGAUGUGCUUUAAUAUAUUUUACCGGUUCAACAUUAUUUAAUCGUUCAAUGAGACGUUUAGCUGAUGAUAUGAAUAUGCAUUUAUCUGGUCAUCGUUUACAAGCUGGUGUAAUUAGAAAAGGUAAAAAGUUAGUAAAUGAAGGUGUCACAUUACCAACACCAACAGAAGAAUCUGUAUUUAAAUAUCUCAAUUUACCUUAUAGACCUCCUACUGAACGUGAUCAUUAA